AUGAUGAAGUCGUGCAAGAACUACGGGCGGGAUCGACAAAGUUGGUGGACAGGCUUUGUGAGAAGACAGGAGAUCUGUUUUCAGUCUAGUCUGCAAAGUAUAGUGAAGAUACUCACUCAGUUGCCACCAGGUGGAUCGUCCGAUACUCGUAGCUGUGAGAAUGAUAUUUUCCUGGACGCCUGGGUCCAUGAGGAUGCUACUACUGGAUGGUCUGCGUUGAAGGAGCUGUUGCAAGCGAAUAUUUUUGAGAAGCGUCCUGUUGAAGUGGCGAAUAUAACAAAGAGCAUGGAAGCAUCAUUGAAGACCGCAUUUCUGGCACUACUGUAUGACCUAUCGACAUGUGAGCUUUUGUAUACCAUGUUACUGACAACUGAUGAGGCAGCUGUACCUUUUGCUAGGCUAGACGCAAGCGAAUUCGUGGAUGUUAUUUGUAGCGAGACGGCGGCCAACACCGAGGAAGCAUCUCGGAACUGUGCUGAGCUACUACAGAAGCUCCUAUGCUAUCAAUGCCCAUCGGAAGAUGCCAAGCCAGUGUACAUACCGCGGUUGGCCAAGGGUCUUGUGGAACAGACAGAUCGUCUAGUAUGUCGCAUUGUGACGGGGCAGGAGAUCACCUCUGUGAUGGGCGCUGCUGCUAAUGCUGUUACUAGUUUGUUAUUCAACUUGAAGGAGUCUGGAGGAGAUGUUGCAGAGGAGGGUUGUGCAAAUGAUUGUGAUGGAGGCGACGACGACUUCUGUUGCUAUGUGGUGAGAAUUCGUAGCAUCGUACUAGGGACUAUGAUAGCUGUUUGCGUCCGUGUUGGUCUUACGACGUAG